GUGUUGAAGUGAGAAAAUGGGGGACAAGAGGAAGAAGACGUUCAUGUUCAUCCGUCUUGUCUCAGCAGCUGGAACUGGAUUCUUCUAUGUGAAGAGGAAGAGUAGCAAGGGUCUUCUAGAGAAGCUUGAGUUCCGCAAGUACGAUCCUCGAGUCAACCGCCAUGUCCUCUUCACAGAGCAGAAGAUGAAGUGAUUUAAAGCUUUAUUUUUUUAUUUUUCUGUGUUUCAUUUACAUUCGAAGAACCCAUAACAAAUCUCUGCAAGUAGUUGUUUUAUCAGUCAAAGAACUUGACAAGUUAAGCUGGGGUUUUAGACUUUGUAAGUGUCAGUUUAAGGAUUCUUCCGACCUUGAAACGCAAAAAGAAAGUGGAUCUUUUUAACGGUUUAU